AUUUGUUUUUUCAGUAUGUCACCGAUCGUCGUCAGGUGUGGUAACGGAAGCCCCGUGGCUCUUGCGGCAGGGUUUACCGCGCUGUUAUGAACUGUCGCGGAGUCUCGUGAUCGUUUGCCGUUGCGCUUAAUAAAUAAUGUCGAUGCAAAAUGGGUAACCUAGCGACAGUGGUGAGACUCGGCGUUGCGCUCUUACCCUGUCUUGUGGAUUACGCGUGGGCCCAGAACGAGUCUCUUGAAUGCACCGACGGACAGUCUGGAUGCUUAAGGUGCAGGGGUGGUUCCUGUGCACGGUGCGCCGUUUUACUUCAUCAGGGUGUAUGCGUCGAUACCUGUCCAUCGGGUCACAUCGCCGAUUGGUCAACCAGGGAUGAGUACAUGGGCCGCAUCUGCAAGGAGACCGGAUAUAUGUUUGGUCUCACCGGUAGUCAAGUUGCCAUACUCGUUGGUGUCGCCUCUGGGGCUACUAUAUGCAUCUUCAUAAUACUCUGCGGGGUCAUCGUCGUUCACAGGAGAAAGAGAAGAGCAGCCAAGAUGGUUCAGCAGUUUGAGGACAGCGCUGAGAGAAGGGAGUUCCUGAAGCACCUGGCUACCCUACGAGGAGAAGCAAACACGUUUCUAGCGAUGUUGAAUGACACCAGGAGACAAGUCAGGGAACUUUACUAUUCCAGGAAUAACGGGGAUGGCGCUGUUGGUAUUCAAGCGUACAGACCCGUUCUUCGUGAUCUCGCCCGGAUCCUCGUUCUGGUGAACAAGAGGGACGACGAGAUACCAGUGCCCCCAGAGGACUGGCAGAGACUGCUAGCCUGGGCUGAACGUCUUCUACGAAGAUACAAGAGACACAGCUCACCCGAAGUGGCUCAGCUGGUAACGUUUCUGCAGCAACCAGCGACCUCCGUCCAGAUGAUGCCGGCUCAGCCGAUCACCAUAGCAACGCCAACACAGCCACCGUACGAGCCGCGCGCUACGCCAACGAAUCUCACGACAUUCCAGCCGAAUGCACCGCUCACUACGUUCCAAGCCAGCGAUAAGUCCAGCAUAAGUCCUGCCAGCUCCAGCUUGGGAUACGUCAAGGACAGUCCGGUUGGCUCCAGCCUAGGACAGAAUAGUUCAAGUGUCUACAACGAGAAGCUCAGUCCAAAUGGAUCCACAGUGGGUCAGACAACGCCGCUCGUCUACGGGGAACAGAAGAGGGUUCAGCACGUAGGAUCACAUCUGCAGGAAUUGGCCAUCUCUACCUUCAAUCAUAACUAUAAUUCCCCUGGCAACUUGCCACAGGUCAAUCUUACUCCUCGCGAUGAGGAUAGUAAUACUCUUGAUCGGGAACUCAAUCCCCAGUGGGAAUUUCAAAGUGCCGUCGAGGCCGCUAAUUAUACUAUACUGUCCGACUGGUCGGCGACUCGUGACUACCUCAUCGAUGACUUCACGAUCCUUGGCUUUAGGCCCCAGGACGAGAUCACCACGGAAUUGUGAUCUUGUAUUUCUCAAUACAAUGUAUUUCUUGUACAAUAUUUCUCUCAUUUUCCUUCUGUUUAUAAGCAUAGAUUUUGUAAAAAAAAAGUCAUAUGGAAAAGUAUGCUCGAUGAUAUUAGGUCGACUUUUGUUAAUGGAUCUUGGAGAUAUUUCUCUUGGAUCCGCGACGGUUUUGCAUUCUUGACUUAAUUCUAAGUCACUUUGAAUAGCACUUUGGAAUACAGUCGAGCCAUCUAUCCGCUACUUUAAUUGUGACUUUGAGUCACUGUAACGCUGUGACGUUUUCGUUGAAGAACUUGUACGAGCGAAAAGCAUGUAAAAGGAGGAACACAUCGUAUUGCCCGAUAUUGUAGAAUGCUUUGGAUAAUUGCGAUGCGAAUCAGGUGUUAUCAAUGACUUUUAUAAGCGUGUAACAAUUGGGACUGAAUCUCGUGGGACGUAAGAUCCUUUAAACACAUCCAGAUUAUUCAGAGCAAUAGUACGCGUUAGCAGAAACACCAAAUAACUGUAAGAAAUUUUUUUAUAUAAAACAGGAAAAAUGAAAAUGGUAGUAUUUGGUGUUUAUUUAAUUCACACGUGUAUGUAUAAUUAUUGCGACGGUUUUAUAUUUUAGUCCACUAGUCAACAUACACAUGGUCGGUUAACGUACAUGACACCGGGGGAAAAUUAAACUUCGUUACCCUCUCUGUCUCUCAUUUUCUAACGCGCGGCGACUAUGUUUACCUUUCUUUUUUAUAAUUAUCCCUUCUACUUAGAAAUGAAUUUCAAAAAAUCUUGAAUCUCGUCCGCUAAUGUUUCCCAGUGAAACAGCAAUAUUAUUAUUAAUUGUUGUAGUAUAAAUUAAAAAAAAAGAAUCCUGUACGCGGAAUGUGCGUAACAGUGCAUAUGCAUAACAAAGACCACGACAGGUCGUCUGUACAAAUUGAUGUAAAUAACGGUUACAAUUGUAGUUUAAAUGUUAAUGAUUAUUGCAUAUGGAAUAAUAUAUAUCUAUAUAAGAAGAGACAAAAAA